CUUCCUAAUUAAUCCAAAGAAACCCAGAAAAAGAAGCAUUACGAGCUUAAAUCUUCCGAAAAUUUAAGAAGAAUGGCUGACAGGUAUAGCCAAGCAAACCCUUUGUCACCUGCUAAUGCAAACCUCAGAAGUGACCAUGAAGCAGCCACUCUGCAAUCCCAAGCCGAGCUCAAACGCAAGAAGAGAAUCAAAGUGGUCAUAUACGUUACUGUGUUCGUUAUUGUGCAGAUCAUAGUCGUCACGGUUUUCGCACUCACGGUGAUGCGAGUCAAGACACCAAAAGUGAGGUUGGGCAAGAUCAAUGUCCAAAACAUGACUGCUGUCCCUGCAACACCAUCAUUCGACAUAAACUUCACCACCCAAAUCAGAGUCAAGAACACGAAUUGGGGACCGUACAAGUUUGAUGCAGGUAAAGUUACGUUUGAUUACAAAGGUGACACUGUGGCACAACUUAGCAUUCCUAAAGGCAAGGCUGGAAUGCGUUCCACCAAGAAAUAUGAUGUCGCGGUGAGUCUGAAUUCCAAGGGGUUGAAGAAUUCCAACCUCGGCAGUGAUCUUAACACUGGAGUUCUGUCGCUGAGCAGCACGGCCGAGCUGACAGGAAAGGUGGAAUUGUUGUUGGUGAUGAAGAAGAAGAAGGCUGCAGCCAUGUACUGCAGUCUCGAAUUUAAUCUCUCAACAAAGCAGAUUCAACUUUUGAAAUGCGAGUGAGUGAAGCUGCUCACUAAACAUUAAUUCAGUUCUUUCAUUGUUUGUUUGGUUCUCUAGUAUUGUUCUGUAUAUGAAUGAAAUAAGGCACUUCAUUAUACGUAUCUUGUGAAUAAAGCUUCCAAUUUCUUA